AUGACUUCUUUCAAGUUUCAGUGUUUACUUAAGCUUUGCUUGGUUCUUCUCUUGUGUUUCUUCAAUACCAUUAAUGCCACUGAAGUCUCUCAUGAUGGGCGAGCAAUUACCAUUGAUGGCCAACGUCGUAUCAUCAUUUCUGGUUCUAUUCACUACCCUCGUAGCACUGCUGAGAUGUGGCCUGAUUUGAUUAGAAAAGCGAAGGAAGGAGGUGUUGACGCUAUUGAAACUUAUGUUUUUUGGAAUGCUCAUGAGCCUCUUCCUCGUAAAUAUGAUUUUUCUGGUAAUUUGGAUCUUAUAAGGUUUAUUAAAACCAUUCAAAGUGAAGGACUUUAUGCUGUUCUUCGUAUUGGCCCAUAUGUUUGUGCUGAAUGGAAUUAUGGAGGCCUUCCUGUGUGGUUGCAUAACAUGCCUGGAAUUGAGCUUCGUACUGCAAAUACUGUCUUCAUGAAUGAGAUGCAAAAUUUUACGACAAAGAUUGUGAAUAUGGUUAAAGAAGAGAACCUCUUUGCUGCCCAGGGAGGACCCAUUAUUCUUGCUCAGAUUGAGAAUGAAUAUGGAAAUGUAAUUUCAUCAUAUGGAGCUGCGGGGAAAGCUUAUAUCGACUGGUGUGCGAAUAUGGCUAAUUCACUUGAUAUUGGAGUUCCUUGGAUUAUGUGUCAACAGCCAGAUGCUCCACAACCCAUGAUAAAUACUUGUAAUGGAUGGUAUUGUGAUAAUUUCACUCCAAAUAAUCCUAACAGCCCAAAGAUGUGGACUGAGAAUUGGACUGGAUGGUUUAAAAACUGGGGAGGUUUAGACCCGAAGAGAACAGCUGAAGAUGUUGCUUUUGCUGUUGCAAGGUUUUUUCAAAGUGGUGGCACUUUCCAAAACUACUAUAUGUACCAUGGUGGCACCAAUUUUGGUAGAACUGCCGGAGGUCCAUAUAUUACCACUUCGUAUGAUUAUGAUGCACCACUUGAUGAAUAUGGUAACUUAAAUCAACCAAAAUACGGGCAUUUGAAGGAGCUUCAUGAUGUUCUUCAUUCAAUGGAAAACAUUCUUACACAUGGAAAUAUUACAAACAUUAAUUUUGGCAAUUCAGUUUCGGGCACAAUAUAUGCGACAACAAAUGGACAAAGUUGCUUCUUUGUCAAUGCCAACACUACAACAGAUGCUGAUAUUGUUUACGAAGGAAACCACUACAAUAUCCCUGCUUGGUCCGUUAGCAUACUUCGUAACUGUAAACAAGAAAUUUACAACACUGCUAAGGUAAAUACUGAGAGUUGGGUCAUGAAAAAGCAAUGUAACGAAGCAGAAAGUGAACCCGAAGCAUUAAAAUGGGUAUGGAGGCCGGAGUUAAUUGACGAUUUAGCCCUUAGAGGCACUGGUAGAGUUAGUGCCAAGAAACUUAUUGAUCAGAAAGUUGCAAAUGAUGUUAGUGAUUACUUGUGGUACAUGACAAAUUUCUACCUUACUAAAAACGACCCCGUAUGGAGCGAUGAUAUGAGUCUGAUAGUCAACGCUACUGGUCAAGUUCUUCAUGUAUAUGUAAAUGGCGAGUAUCUUAGUGACCAAAGUGCUACAUAUGGUGUUUUUAAUUAUGUGUUUGAGAAGAAAAUCAAGUUGAACCCUGGUCCUAAUAAGAUCAUUCUACUCAGUGCCACAAUUGGGUUGCAGAAUUAUGGGCCAAAAUUCGAUUUGAUUCAAACAGGAGUCCCUGGUCCAGUCCAAAUUAUAGGAAAGAAAGGAGACGAGACGAUAAUCAAAGACUUAUCAACCAAAAAAUGGUAUUACAAAGUUGGAUUGGAUGGAUUUGACAACAAAUUCUUUUCUGGAAAUACAUCCGAAUGGCGAGUUGAUGAUCUUCCUAUUUCUCAAAAGAUGAUUUGGUACAAGACAACAUUCAAGGCUCCAUUAGGAAACGAACCUGUGUCAUUGGAUCUGGAAGGAUUAGGUAAAGGCGUCGCUUGGGUUAACGGAAACAACAUCGGAAGAUACUGGCCGAGUUACAUCGCUCAAGAAACCGGUUGCUCGAAUGAAGCUUGUGAUUAUCGUGGGCCAUAUAAUAACACUAAAUGCGUUACAAAUUGUGGUAAACCUACGCAAAAAUGGUACCAUGUUCCUCGAUCGUUUUUGGUGAAUGGUGAGAAUGAAUUGGUCCUUUUCGAAGAAUACGGAGGCAAUCCAAUGUCGGUGAAUUUCCAGACAGUUAGGGUUGGGAGGACAUGUGGUAAUGCGUAUGAGAACAAGACGAUGGAGAUUUCGUGCCAAAAUCGAUCGAUUUCUUCUAUUCGAUUUGCUUCGUUUGGUGAUGUGAAAGGAAGCUGUGGGUCGUUUAGGAAAGGAAGUUGUCAAGCGAAAAAUGACGUGAUCUCUGUAAUUCAGAAGGAAUGUGUUGGAAAAGAAGUAUGUUCGAUUGAAGCAAAUGAAGGAGUAUUUGGAUUAACGAAUUGCGAUCAUGGUGUUAGAAAGAGAUUAGUUGUGGAGGCAGUUUGUGCUUGAUUUUUUUAGUUUGUUAGGUUUUCUUAGGGUUUUAUGACUAUGUUUAUUUUUAGUUUGUUAGUUUUUUUAGGAUUUAAUGACUGUUUAUUUUGUACUGUGCAGAAGGAUUUGAUAUGUU